UUCCACCUCUGAGUAGUAAACAUCCUCACAUCCAUAAGUAAAAUGGCAAAAUUCUUCGUCAUUUGCGCUUGUUUAAUCGCAAUCAAUUUUGCGGAAACAAAGAGGCAAGUAGUUAGUGACAGUGAAUCAGCCGCUGGAGGACAUUUCUCGUCUGUUUCCAUCUCAGACGGUGGAUAUGGAGGUGGAUACGGUGGAAAAGACACCUACAGCGCCGGAAGUGGAUUAAAAACAAUCGCCCAAGGAUCAGCCGAUCAAGCCAAUAACGCCGUGGCCAACCAACAUUCCGCCGCAAGAAACGCAGCUUUUGCUGCAAAAAGCACUUUGGCACAAGCAGCUGCUGGAGCUGCAGCAACAGCACAAGCAGCCCUUAUUGGUAAACACAUCUUAGUUCAAAAACUCCAACAAGAUGUUGCCGAAGCUCACCAACAACUCGAAUCCGAACUUAAUCAAUUAGAAUUAGCCCAAAGGUCUGCUUCUGCCGCUCAAGCAGCUGCUAAUCAAGCCCAACAAGCUGCCAACGCAAUCAACUCCGCUGCUAACGCCGUUCAAGGAGGCGCAGCUCACGCUCAACAAGCCGCCGAAGCUGCCCAUGCUGAAUUAGGAUCCCAAGAAGCCAUGGUAGGACACGCUAAACAAAGGUUAUCUUCGUUAGGACAACAACUUCAAGCAGCUCAAGCCGAUCUUCAUGCCACUCAGGCUGCCGCUCAACAAGCUGAAUCCGCUGCACAAAUUGCGCAGUCUAAUGCUGCACAAGCUGCCGAAAAAGCUCAAGCCGCCGGACUUGAACACGGAGGAGGAUUGUCCAUUGGAGGAGAUGAUCAUGGAUUCUCUUCAUCCGGAAAUGGAUUAGGAAGCUACCAUUAACUCAACCCACAAGCUGCCAAAAAAGCCCAAUCAGCUGGAUUAGAACAAUACGGAGGUUUUGGAGGGCUUAAUGAAUACCAUAAUUAAUAGGAAAUUGUUUGUGUAUUAAAUGUUUUAAUUGUAAUAAAAGUUUAUAAAAUAUUAGAAAAA